CUUGAGUAGUUUUUACAGAAAUUUGGGGACAAUGUUCUAUAUGUACCCAACUUACUGGCAGAACUCCCAGAUCUGCCACAACCAGAACCAUGAUUACAUUCUGAACCUUUGAGCUCUGUUCUGCUCAUCAGAUUCCCCCUGUGCAAGGGUUUGGCAGUUUGCACAGACCAGGAAGAAGAGCCAUCCGUCAUAUAAAUACCAGCACCUCCAACUCGAACAACUUCAGAGCAGCAACUGGGACGGAAAGAACUCCUGACAACACCUAUUCAGACGUAUAUAUAUGGUCAGCAUCAUGAAGUUCUGGACACCUCUCCUCAUGAUGUUCCUCUGUAUGUUUCUACUGUCUGUGCUGGGAGGAGUGAAGGAAAGAUAUAACAGGGGGGAAUUGUUCCUUGAGGAGUGCUGGGGACAGCCAACCAUCCGAGACUGUAGCAAGAGGUGUUCUAGAAGCUUUAGAUGUGUAGAAAUAAAUCACACAUGCUGCUGGACCUACUGUGGAAACAUCUGCUGGGAAAAUACACUAAUCACUGAAGAAGCUAAAACUCUACCCUCCCACUGAGACACCAGUUCAUUCUGACUGAGAGCAAAUAAACUCAUAUGCCAG